AAGAAACUGAGCGUUGGUCGAUAGCGCAGGGGUCGUGGGGUUCAGCGAGCGCGUCGGCGUCAUCGACAUUGAUUUCUCUCUGUAGUGUUCAGCUGUUGAGGGUCCACCCGUGGGGCGGACUUGUUGAGGCCUCUAAUUCCUCUCCCGGUGUCUGAAGAGAAGCCCGGGCUCGGCCAUCACCUCCGACCCGCCAGCUGGUGAAGGGGCGGCAGGCAGGAUGGAGUUCAAGCUGGAGGCACACCGCAUCGUCAGCAUCUCCCUAGGCAAGAUCUACAACUCACGGGUCCAGCGCGGUGGCAUCAAGCUGCACAAGAACCUGCUGGUCUCACUGGUGCUGCGCAGCGCCCGCCAGGUCUACCUGAGCGACCCGUGCCCUGGUCUCUACCUGGCUGGUCCCUCUGGGACCCCUCCGCAGCUACCCGGGGAGCUGGUGGCCGGGCCCCCAGCCGGCUGGGGGGAGCCACCCCCACCGCCUGCUCCCGCCACCUGGCGAGACAGCGAGCCGGAGCUGGAACAUCUCGCAGUCCCAGACGCUCCUCGGGCAGGUGGCUUGGAGCCCGAGGCUGCCCUGACCGGCGCCAGGAACACUCUUCAGAGCACCGAGGCAGCGGCCGCGGAAGCCGGGGACCCAGCCGGAGGCUCAGACGUCUUCCCUGAGGGUCCCCGAGCGGCGCGCCACUACUGCGGCUGCCUCCCUGGUGCGGGGGAGAAGCCGGGAGUGCGGGGCGCACCUCUCCACGGUGACUGCUGCUCCGCGGAGGACAAGCCCCCGGUGCCGCCCCCCAUCUGCCCCAGGAAGCGCAGCGCGGCGGGGGUGGGCGGCUGUGGCCCCGCGGGCUGCCCUGGCUCAACCCCUCUGAAGAAGCCCCGUUGGGACUUGGAGGAGCAGCCUGGCAGGAUGGAGGAAGAGGAGGAGAUGGAGACCGGGAACGUGGCUAACCUCAUUAGUAUCUUUGGUUCCAGCUUCUCAGGACUCUUACGAAAAAGCCCCGGGGGCAGCCCGGAGGAAGCCAAGGGAGAGGGGAGCAAUCCGGAAGCCACUGAGCCUGGGCAGAUCUGCUGCGAUAAGCCAGUGCUGAGAGACAUGAACCCUUGGAGCACAGCCAUCGUGGCCUUCUGAGCCCCUGUCGGUCCCCAUGUGGGCAGGAGGUUGAGCAGCGGGCGUGAACGCGAGUGCCGGGCCUUUCCUGGCUGCAAAGACACGGCGGAGACCGUAGGCGCUGAGCGCGCGGGGAAGACUGGUGCCGCGGGGCAGCGGGGACUGCCCUUGGUGGCCCUGCUCUAUUGGCCUCUGUCUUGGGGCCUCUCAAGACUUGAGAGUGUGAGGCUUAUUGGAAGAGGACGAUUGUUAAUUUGUGUGUCUGUGUAUGUAAGUUUGUCUUGUGAAUUAAGACUAUUUUGUCCUUCUGGAAUGCAUCACUCUUCCCCAGGGUUUGGGAGACUGGGGGCAGACAGGGACUUUCCUUUACCAGCAGCACCGAGAAGGAAGCGGCUAAAAGGGCCGGGGAGUUCCCCAUUCGUUCUUGAGGCAGGAAGGGACUUUACA